AUGCAGUUCCAGAAUCGAUUCCAGUGGUUCAUGAACCACCAGGCCCCAGCCAACGGCCACUACAAACCAACUUGUUACGAACAUGCUGCUAACUGUUACAUACAUGCAUUCCUUGUUGUUCCGGCCAUUGUGGGCAGUGCCCUCCUCCACCGGCUGUCUGAUGACUGCUGGGAAAAGAUAACAGCAUGGAUUUACGGAAUGGGCCUCUGUGCCCUUUUCAUCGUUUCCACAGUAUUUCACAUCGUGACGUGGAAAAAGAGCCACUUAAGGACAGUGGAGCAUUGCUUUCACAUGUGUGAUAGGAUGGUUAUCUAUUUCUUCAUUGCUGCAUCUUACGCUCCAUGGUUAAAUCUCUGUGAACUUGGACCCCUGGCAUCUCAUAUGCGUUGGUUUAUCUGGCUCAUGGAAGCUGGAGGAACCAUUUAUGUAUUUCUCUACCAUGAAAAGUAUAAGGUGGUUGAGCUCUUUUUCUAUCUCACAAUGGGGAUUUCUCCAGCCUUGGUGGUGACAUCAAUGAAUAACACUGACGGACUUCACGAACUUGCCUGUGGGGGCUUAAUUUAUUGCCUGGGAGUUGUGUUCUUCAAGAGCGAUGGCAUCAUUCCAUUUGCCCAUGCCAUCUGGCACCUGUUCGUGGCCACGGCAGCUGCAGUGCAUUACUAUGCCAUUUGGAAAUAUCUUUACCGAAGUCCUGCAGACUUUAUGCGACAUUUAUGACCAAUCUGUACUAGGUCUCCAAACCAGUAUUAUUUCAAUUAAUGGCACUUAGGAGUGGGGUAAGAGCUGAAAAUUGCACAGAGGAAAAAAAAAAAAAAAGAAGAAGACAACUGCACUGAUUUUCUUUAUAUCUUUUGAAUAUAAUUACUGUGAAAGUGUAAAAGCUGUGUUCUGGAAUUUUCCCCCUCACAGCAAAUAAAUAUAAGGUAGUGAAUUAAUUAUUCAUUCCAUCCCACUAU